AUGAAAGCAAAUGUGUUAUCUGUUUUAUUUAGCGUUAUUGCUGUGGCCUCUGUGAUUUGGCAAUCCCGUACCCCACAGGAUAUGAAAAACCAUGCGGAGUACUCGGGCAGUGGUAAAAAUUUAUAUGGCGCUAAUAGUGUCGGACAAUUAGGAAGAAUUUUAAGAUCAAAUAAUUCAAAUAUAUUCCAGGAGUAUGCAGGCUUACAGGGUGAAGUAAAUACUGACGUGAUGGAAAGUAUGACGAACAUUCCUGGGUUAGGUACCACAUUGAACGUUCAAAUUGUACAAGAAGAGGAGGAGCAGUCUCAGGAGCAGUUGGACGAACUAAUUCAUAAAAUAACAAACACGUGGAAUGACACAUUUAUAAAUAUGGUAGAAGAUUAUAUCGAUUUUACAGAACGAAAUAAUAUUAUAGAUGGGGAAUGGAAAUGCCAAAUGUGGAAUCAAAGAUGGUACAAAUAUUUACAAUUUCUAGCUGGUAGUUUGAACGAAGUUAUUGAAAAUGAUAGCUAUCCCUUGGAAAUGAAGGAGUACAUUUCAGAUGAAUUCCUUUAUUGGGCUAACCAUGAUUUUAUAUGGUUUCUAAGUAUAGUUAGAGCAGAGUGGGAUAGAAGAGUGGAAUUACCUGAGCAGCCAGCAUUACAGGCUUAA